AUGGACGUAACGAGAUUCGUUUUUCUUGUACCAUCGGAUGAGGUAUCCACUUCAAAGUUUAUUUGGAAAGUGGCAACUCCUUCAAUGCGGAUCAAAGAUGCCAUAAUUGAACCAUUUUUUGAUGUAACUGAAAGAAAAAUGUACAUUCAGUGUGUACCUAAAAUGGAUGUUCCAAAAUAUGUUACUUGGAACAAUUGCGAUUCUACAAAAUAUACAAAAUAUGCAAAAAAUACAGUGAAAGAUUCUACAUUGCCCCCACCACCGACCUUAAGGAAGAAGAAACCAGCUCCUCCACCACCUCCAGUUCCAAUUCGCAGGCGACUUUGUAGAAGUGCAUCUAAAGAAUCCCAGUUAUUGCAUCCGGAUAUGUCCACUAAUGAACAUCAUUUAGAUCAAACAUUUGCAAAAUCAAUGACAGAAAUAUCGGAUAUAAACUCCUCUGAGAGUUUAAACGUCACUCAAGAAUUGUCUGGCACUAUCUCCACCAUAAAUAUCCAUGCUAUGGACGAAUAUCAAGAUGAGCCUUCCGCAUCGGAGCGCUUUUUCAUCCCCAAAUCUUUUAUCGAACCGGAUAAGGAAGUCCACGAUGCGAACUCGCUUUCCACUGAAUGCAGAACAACCCCAGAAACAUCUCCGGCAAUAUCAAUAAAUGAAACAAUUCAGCAUUUCGACUCGUUUAGAGAGGAUAUUCCAAGUGUUGGAGCAACCGUCGAAAAUACUGCCACAGAAACCAAUCAGAAUUCAGGCAUCUCUCCACUUCUGAAGACAUCGACACCGACCUUCGCUCCCUUUCAUGUCCCCAAUUUUGAGAAGGAAUUCCUUGAAAUGGAGUCUUCCAAACCGCCAGAAGAGGAUGGUUCAACAGCAAAUAACUUUCACGAGAGCCUUCAGCAAGCAAAAUCAGCUCUCAAGACUGUUCGUCAGCAAAAGGUAACGCCAGUUCCACUCAGAAAUGAUGCUGCAGAACAUGGACCAAGUUUCCUGCCCAAUCGCGAUCGAGCCAACGAGAAGGAUUGGAAUGGUCGAUUCUGGUGUGUAGAUAAUCGAUCAAGAAUCCUCAGCUUCAUGAUCGACGAUGAGAGACAAUGCUAA